AAAACAAUUCGCCCGGAUUUGGUCUGUCGACGCAAAUCAGCUGGGAAGAGGCCGACAAGUCGCUAAAUUUAACAAUUCCGCAACCAUGGGAACAGCUUUGUCACAUUACCUUACUGAUCCGAAUGUUACACCCGAUUACACGAAAGGAGCGACAUUUGACCCACUGUAUGGGUUCCCGGAAGGCAGAAAAGAGAGAGCUAUGGUUGCAACUGUGGAGGAGAUGGACUCUGCCAAAAUACCUUUAGAAAAUCGAGAUUAUUGUGCACACCUCCUCAUAAAGCACAUGGCUUGUCGACAGAAAGUUUGGCCUCUUGCCUAUAAAUGCGCUCAUGAAAAACAUGAAUACCUCAAUUGCGAGUAUGAUGAUUAUGUCUUGAGAAUGAAAGAGUUUGAACGUGAGCGCCGUUUAUUAGAGCGUGCCAAGAGGAAAGCUGCUAAAGCUGCCCGUGAGGCGGUAGACGAGGAGUAGAUACCACUGUCAAGAUGCAUGAGUGUAUUGUUGAGUAUGAAGAUUAUAGUUUUUAAUAUUUCUGCAGGACUUUAUUUCAGUCGUGACAAAUAUAAAUUCAGCAUAUUUUGUAUUAGCUUUUUAAAGGUCCAUCAAAAAUUAUGUUUAAGCUGUAAUGUUAAUAUUGUACUGUAGAAGUUUUAAACCAUAUUCUACA